AUGGCAGAACGCGAAGCUUUGCAAAGAGAAAUCGAGCAGCUUCAAAACCUUAUUAAGGACCACAAGAGAGUUCAUGGUGAUGCCCCGUCAAGCUCAGCUCCGUGGUUUUCUUCAAAACAUAGGCUGGCUAGAGGUCGAGGGCACAACCCACAUUACAUUCACUCGUACUCAGGUGAGCACCAGCCUUAUGCACCUCAUCCUACCAGUCAUUGGAGGAAAACCUACUCUCUCAGCAACAAGACCACCAGAGCUCCUGGAAGAGGACCCUCUCAGUUUUCUGAGCCUUAUCUGAACAAGACUCAGCAUAUCAGUUCUGAACCCUCUAUUGCUGGCUCACUUGUUGGCAUUGCAACACAGCUACCUCAUUUGUUCCCUUCAUCUGAGGAGACUCGUGCCUUUAAUAAAAAGAAUACUUUAGCCCAACUGCAAGCAAAAUCACACCUCACCAGCAGCAUUUCAUCCAAUAGGACUGUGAUAAUGGCAACAGCCUCUAAAGACUUUUCUUCAGGCCAGACAGUCCCUCCUAGGGCAUGUUCUAGUCCUGCAUUAAACCUUAAGCUUAAAUCAGACUCAACAGCACGGGUGCAUACGGUUUCCUCUCCCCAUAAAAGAUCACAGUUUACCUGGGUGAAGAGUCAAGGGACUAAGAACAGCCAGCCCUCUCCAACCUCAGCUUCAGUUUCCACUGCUACUGCUGUGGUGGCCAGCAUCAAGCCAGUUCAUGGUUCUAACAAGAAGAUACAGCGCAAGCCUAGUCUUUCCUCAGGCCCUACUAAGACUUCAAAGUACUCUUGGGUAUCAUCCUCCUGCUCUACUACAGCAGCUGGCAAAGUAACCCCAUCCAAACUGCCAAACAAGCAACUUUCUCCCAAAGCUCUUAAGGUGCCUGGAAAAGCAACAAAGGAGGUACUAGACGGGACCAAAAAACUCGCUUGUACCCCUUCUACACCAUCAAAGCGGACUAAAGUUAGUGGAGGUACUUCCACACCUCAAGUCAGCCAUGCUAAUCGUUAUUGUUGGAAGGCCACUGCACAGAGCUCUUCCACGGUUGCGAGUGGGUCCACCCCAAGGUCUUCCCGAAAGGGAUCUUUAUAUCGAUGGACUGCUCAGAAAGAGGGAAAAGAUUCAGGCCUUGGACCGCAUCCAUCACGAGCCCAGCAAAACCCUUCCAGCACUCAUCUUUCCAAUAGUGCAUUCAAGCUAAGGAGCAGAACCAAGAUCAUUAGGAGGUAUAGCAACAGGCCACAAAAUCUGAAGCUGGCUCAACUGCAAGCAGGGCCACAAGAUGGCAGCAGACCAAAACCUAUCAGUAGUCCUGCUCCAGAGAGGAGACCCAGUCUCUGUGUGGUGACUUUGAGGAGUCGGUACUCAUUGAGGAGGAAGACACACACUUCUGUCAGGACUCCGACUUGUGCCAAACGAGGCCAGUCCAGAGCUCUCGUCUCCUUCGGCAGACACAAGCUGCGGCGCCUCUCCUCCUCCACCCCCACCACUUCUGCAUGGACCUUGAGAACAGGCUCUUCAUGUUCUUCAGUACGGAGUCCAGCAUCUCUGAAGGUCAUCAAAACCCGCUACAAGAUUGACACGCGGAGAGCACAAUUCCAGCAGCACAACUCUGCCCUGUCCUACAGAGUCAAGAGAAUCCAAUCAGCCAGGAUUCUCUUACAGAGUCGUCUCCGGACGCCCCCAGAUAGACAGUGGAGGGGGCGGAGCAUGCGAUGGAUAGGUGGGGCCCUCUACAGAGUCUCUGCCAAUAAGCUUUCUCGCACACAUACUACCAACACAUCAUCUGUCAGAUCAGGAAAGUGGUUCAGUUCACACGAAGUGUCUUCUCCCAGCAAUAUAGUGAGGACGUCCAACAUGCGGCAUGUGGCCAGUCGGGCGGUGCAGAGAAGUCUGGCCAUCAUCCGGCAAGCUCGGCAGAAGAAGCAACACGCCAAACAGUACUGCAUGUACUACAACCGCUUUGGCAAGUGUAACCGUGGCAACGCCUGCCCCUACAUCCAUGAUCCUGAUAAGGUGGCUGUUUGCACCAGGUUUCUCAGAGGCACAUGUAAGCAGACAGAUGGGACAUGUCCUUUCUCACACAAGGUGUCCAAAGAAAAGAUGCCUGUAUGUUCAUACUUCUUGAAGGGAAUUUGUAACAACAGUAGCUGCCCCUAUAGCCAUGUCUAUGUAUCUCGCAAAGCAGCAGUGUGUCAAGACUUCAUCAGAGGCUACUGUCCUCAGGGAGAGAAGUGUAAGAAGAAACACACUCUUGUGUGUCCGGAGUUCUCCAGCACUGGUGUGUGUCCCAAAGGGUCGAAGUGUAAACUACAGCACAGGCAGAGAGCUAAGCGCACUGGAUCCAGCCUCAGCUCGGCCACAGCCAAAAAAGCCCGCACCAGGGACUCCAUGAAGAGUCCAGAGCCAAGCUCCACUCAGGCAGAUGAGAGCACCCCUAGUUCAGGCCUUGCGAAGCUGCCCUCCUUCAUCUCUCUGUCCAGUUCCCCAGACACCCCAGAGGCCGCUGAUAGCCCCGAAUGCACUACUGUAGCAGGAGUAGAGGCCACAGGGAAGAAACUGCAUAUCAAGCCUCGCUUCUAGGAAGCUCCAGGAACCAUUUGGCCUUUUCAACACACAGCUGAUGGCUAGAACAGCAGGAGUCCUUUGGCUCAACUGCAGCGUGUUUAGGAUUGCCACUCAUAGACAUAUUAAUUAUAUUUUUGAGAUAUUGCUGCCAAGUCAUUCUUUAUUGUAAAAGAUAUAAUAAUGAAUGAAUGACUGACUUAAUAUACAGAAAACUACAUAGAGAAGAACACAGAAAAAAUCUUGGAAUAAGCAUAUACAUAGCAUCUACACCCAUCAGCCAUAAUAUUAAAACCACUUCCUUGUAUCUGCACUCUUCAUUCAUUUCAUCAGCUUCACUUAGGAGCACUUUGUAGUUCUACAAUUACAGACCGUAGUCCGUCUGUUUCUCUGCAUACUUUGUUAGCCCUCCAGUCUGUAAAUGUAGAACUACAAAGUGCACCUGUAUGGUAAGUGGAGCUGAUGAAAUGGACAAAGAGUGUAGAAACAAGGAGAUGAUUUUACUGUUAUGGCUGAUCGGUGUCUUUCCAUUUGCGUAUGUGACAGCAGGUCUUCAUCUGCAUCCAGACACCUGAAUCACCUGCUCUCUGACAUUGUCUGUCAAAUCACUUUCAAAAUGUAUCUUAUUUUCCAAUUGUAUUUAAUUUUUGUUUUGAUACACACAGUCACCCUUUAGAGCUCAUAGAUCUCAGGGACUAUUUUCUCUGCAUGUGACACUUUUAAAGAAAUGUAAUUUUAGUUUGAAUGAAACAAUCUGUCAUUUUAUUGUGGAAUAUUUAAGUCGAGGAUUUUUGUAUUGGAAAGUUGAAUUAAAGCUGUUUUCAGA